AUGUGCUGGGGCGAUUCAGUUCAAAACACCUGCCCCCACUGCGGCUUCUACAACCAAACAAUUCUCCUCAGUGGUCGCUGUCAUCCCGCUCUGACUGCCAAAACCUGGUGGAUGUACUCCUGCGCUGUUCUCGAAGAUUUCGAACUCUCAAAUUACUGCAAGGACUGUCAAUCCUGUUAUACGUGGCUGAGCCACGUUGACAUUGCUUCUGAUCCCUCUUUACCUCAGACUCCUACGCUUACUCAAAGUGUUGAUUUGCUCAAAUUCGACAUCGCUAUUGCUAACAACCCGAUCCCUGAUAGAUCAGAUGCAGAGGCAGAAGAAAACACCAUCCACACUACCGCCGCCCACAUAGAAGCCGUUUGCGAAUGGUACGAGACCAUCGAGUCCUACAUCUCGUCUAACAUCGACAUCUCUGACAUGCGUUCACGCUGUCUAGCUUCUUCUUCCCGGCCUCUGAUAACCUCUUUUCACAAUUUGGAGAGGUUGGUUGCAAAGGCUUUGACUGAUGCUCAAGCCCAUCUUGAAUCUAUCGUUGAGGCCACCACUGCCAUUCGUGUUGCUACUGAAGCUGGUAAUAUCAACAUGGUUGAUGCGGAGGAACUGAGGAACAUGCAGUUUGAGAUGAGAAUGUUUCAUGAUAGGUUGAGGGAUCCCGAAAGCAUGGGUUCGGAGAAUAUCUGUAAGGAGUUAGAAGUUAUGGCUUGGAGUGUUUGGAAUGGGCUGGAGGAAAUCGAGAGGGAGAUCGUUGAAAACGAUGGCGAGGCUGAUUCCUCGGAUACUGAUGAGAUUACCUGGCGUGCUGUCGUUUGGUGA